CACUUGUUGGGCACCUAUUGUGAGCCUAGCUGUACUCAGUGCUAAGGUGAGGAGUAGAGCUGAGCUCUUAGCGCUCCUUAAGGACCAAAUCCAAGAUCGCCCAGCCCCAGCUAUCCAGGGCCAGAGGUUGCGUGCGCAGCACUCGAAUAUAUAUCUACCCCCGGCUCCGCGCGGCUUUUCUGAGUGUUACGGCGCCCUCCUCCUCCCGCCCCUGCGCCGCGCGGGCGGGGACCCACCGGUUCCGCUCGGUAAUAGCCGGCGGAAAAAGAGGACCCCCGGGAGCGGACCCCGGCGUCUGGCUUCCCAGCCGGGUUCAGGCUUGGGCGCGCAUGGAGGGGACCGUGGAGUUCCAGACACCUGACCUGAGAGACGUGGAGGGCAAGGUGGGCAGGAAGACCCCUGAAGGGCUGCUCCGCGGGCUGCGAGGCGAGUGGGAGCCCGGAACCUCUGGCGCGCUGUUGCUCCCGGGGGCGACCAGCAGAAGCCCGGGCCUGGGGGACAAGAUCAUGGCGCUAAGGAUGGAGCUGGCUUACCUGCGAGCUAUUGAUGUGAAGAUCCUGCAGCAGCUGGUGACCUUGAACGAGGGCAUUGAGGCAGUGCGUUGGCUGUUGGAGGAACGGGGGACACUGACCAGUCAUUGCAGUAGCCUCACCAGCAGCCAAUACAGCCUGACAGGCGGGAGCCCAGGCCGCUCAAGGCGGGGCAGCUGGGACAGCCUUCCAGACACCAGCUCUACUGACCGGCUGGACAGUGUCUCUAUUGGCAGCUUCUUGGACACUGUGGCCCCCAGAGAGCUUGAUGAACAGGGUCCCCCAGGGGCUCCCUGUCCUGAGAUUGACUGGACAAAGGUUAUACCUGGCGAGGAGAGGGCCAGGACUGAGGUGGACCUCACAGCCACCAGGCUAGAGAGCUUAAUGUCUCUGAGGAAGCCUCCAGGGGAGGGGCUCCAAGGUGGACCAUUGGAGCCACCAGAGGACGAGAGUGCCAAACUGGACUUUGAGGCCCACUGGUACUGGGGACAAUGCCAAGAUGAUGUGACCUUCUUGUAACAACUUUCCCAACAUUUUGUACUCCUAUAGAUCUUUCAUCCCUUGGCCCUGGUCUCCCACAAAAUUUAUUCUCCCUCAGUCAAGGAGUAGGAAUAGGAUGCUCUGAAAUCAAUUACCAUGAAAACCUGGCUCAUCAUAACUCCGGUCCUAGGGAGUCUCUACCUUUAUCCCUCAAUUACCAGGCCCCUAGAGCUAUUUUCAUAGAGAGGUUAACUACAGGUGGGUGUCUCCUGGUGUGAGGGUAUUUCUAUCCUCUCUCUCUGCCCCCACCCCCAGAUAAGGAUUUAUGAACCAUAGGAGAUCACUAAUGAAGAAAUUGGGAUGUAAUUACUCAUCUAAAGUCUAAAAGUCUUGCCACCUCUUGGUCAAGAAGACUGAGACAUUCAGGGCCAACCCUUCCUGGAUUAGCCCUCCCAGAAUCCUUGGGAGUUGGUAGACCCUCCCCUUCCUACUGAUGUCAUUUCCUGCUAGGAUGGACUGACUUUUUGUCUGUUUCAGUCUUUGGAUGGUCAGUAUAAGGGUGUCUGUGCCUCUGCUGCUAAGUGAUACCAUAUCACUUCAUAGCCUUACCAUUACUUCAUGUGAAUGGCAACACAUCACCCCUUCUGACAGGAAAGUUGCUCACUGGUGGAUGUUUGUGCUGCUUUUUGGAAUGUUCUUACCUUUUAAACAGGGAAUUCUCAUUUUGUCCUAGGGGGUCUCACGGUCUCUAUCUACAUCCCUGUCUGGUGCAACACUUUUGUCUGUUUGCUUUCUGGGAGAGAAACUGUUAGGGCCUGCACCUAAGGCUCUGAGUCAGCUUGGUCCACUCUGCUACAGUCCCCUGUCUUACCCAAUCCCUGGGCUGCCCCAUUCUAAUUUUGACUCCAUUUCUGCCUGCGGGGAGGUUCAGUUUCUGUGUCUCUACACCUUCUCAGUUUCCUUUUCAGGCCUCAGGCCUUUUAUAUGCAGAUGAGUCCUAGCCUUCUCACCCUAUGUUGGGAGCUGGGGAGAGUGAAGUUUGAGGCCCUCAGGGCUCUAGGGUAAAACCAGAAUCUUGGAGGGUCGGGAGGUGUUAUCUUCUCUGACUCUAUAAUGCCCUUCCCCCACCCGGUCCAGCCUUCCACCAUUUGGUCACAAGGAUGCCUGCCUGAGGUUGGGAUACAAGGAAUCCCCUUGUCUGGGCCACAAUGUGGGGGUGUGGCAGGAACAGACAGAGGCUCUUUGGUCUCUGGGCCCCAUCUUGGGAGGUGGGCAGGAGCAAGGGAAAGUCCUCCUUUCUCCCUUAGAGCAAGCCCCCUUUACUCUUGGACCUAAGGAGGGAGCAGGGGACUGGCUCUGGGGCUGGAUCUCAGGACCCUAGCUAAUUACACCAAAGAAGGAAUUCACUGAAGCUGCCAACCUGGGGCUCAGAGAAGGGACAGGCCCAGAGGCCAGGGGGGAUAAGGACUAUGGCUGAUGUUUGAAUGAAUUCUUGGAGAUUAACCCUUGGAUCCCAGGUGACUGCCCCAUAUGUUGGCCCCUGUUUUUUGUGGGCCCUAAUCUAAUUUGAUUACUGGAGGGGCGGGGGGGGGGAGGGAAUAAAAGAGGGUCUUGGGAUAGUUAACGUGCUCUCCUGAGUUGGAGGAAUCUUCACCAAACCUUGAAAUAACUCCUACCAUUUUUCUACUUUUCAGUUUUUGUUGGGGAAGGGAAGGAAGGAAGCCAAGUCUCUAUUUCCCUUAAAACUCCUCAGAUGUUGUUCAGCAACCCCCCACUCCCAUCCUUCUCAGCAGUCCAUGGCUCGCCCCUAAAGAUCCUCUCUUCUCCUCUCCCUCAAAGUGAAAGAAAUGUCCAAAGUAUCCUCUCAGCCUCUUCUCUUCUGCCUACCAGACCUCUCUUUACUGCUCCUCAAGAACCUGGGGCUCCUGACCCCUUAAAGACUGGGAAUUCCAAUACUCCAUUCCAGCCCCUUCUCCACAGCCAUUUUAUAGUGUUCCCUUGAGUGACCAAAGUAACCACCCUUCCUCAUGGACGUCAUUAUAUUCCUUUUUACUUUUUCUGGGGGUGUGGGGUGGGGUGUGUGUGCUUAGAGACGCUUGUGUGCUGGGCACUGAGCUAUACCCCCCAACCCCAUUGCAUUCCUUUUUGAGUCUCACUUCACGUAGUCAACCAACUUCUCAACUGAAGAGGUUGCCUGCCCUCUUGUGGCCUUUAUGCACCAUUGCCAGGGUGGCUGGGUGGAACCUCCAAGCUCAAAUAACAGUGCAGCCUCCUAGAAGACUAGCCCUCUCAGUACACAGAGAGGCUGGGGACCCAGGAAUAUAUAGAUUUGACGAGCAUAACCCUUUGUGAAAUCUCCAAAGCCACACUGUUCCCAGUCAACACCUCCAAAGCCCAAAGGAACUGAAAGCAAUUUCCUCUGAUUAUAAUGUUUGACCCAUAUUAUGUCAUCCCUAAAGAAUCAGCUCCCCGUCUUUAGAGAAAGGACUGCAGGCUCUGUAGAAUAGAAGCUUGGGCCUGGACAUCAGGAAGAAAGCCAAUCCCAGACCAAUCAUGAAAGAAAAGUAGGACCAGACAUUGUGGGGGCAGAGCUCAGCAUUUCAAACUUGUAGGUUACAAGUGGGACGGUGUGGGGAGCUGUGAAAUUAGGAAAAACACAUGGAUCUUGUCAAGAUUGGGGUAUAUCACAGGUCAGGGUAUUAUGUAUAAGUCGGAUAGGCACCUGAAAGUGUUGAAAUGUUGGAGAGGUGAGGCAAGUGAGGCUACCUGGGUAGUCCAGGUAGGUCUGGGCAUCCUGUGUUAAUACCUUAGACUCCAGUUCCCUACCAGAGAAAGGAGCCCCACUUGUCCUUCCUGUUUUUAGACUAGCUGGGUGAAACUCAGCUGGUCUAUUACCCUAGACUUUUCUGGGUUUCAGGGAAGAGCUACUUGGAAUCUCAAAGGAGAAAUGGUGAGAGAUGUAGGAAAACUUGAGAAUGAGCUGGGCACAGUGGUGCAUGCCUAUAAUCCCAGCAACUCGGGAGGCUGACACAGAAGGAUUGCAAGUUCAAGACCAGCCUCAGCAACUUAGUGAGACCUGUCUCAAAAUUUAAAAAGGACUGGGGAUGUGGUUCAGUGGUUAAGCACCUCUGGAUUCAAUUCCCAGUACCAAAGAAAAGGAAAACAGGGUGUCUAAAGUAUGAAUAGAAGAAGCAUACUGUCCUGUGAGUACUCUGGGGGGGCUUUUGCCAGGGAUCAGGGUAAAGGUAGAAAUGAAACUGCUCAUGACAGCUACAGAGAACACUUGAGAGGGUAAGGAGUGACACCAGAAUGGGUCCAUCAAGGGAACAUUAAACCACGUGAGUGGACAGGUGUGAAGGCCUGUGCUUAGAGAGCACCAGGCUGACUGGAAAUUAUGGCAGCUUUGGUGAGAAAUAUUUGAGGUUACAGUGGACACAAGCUAAUUUGUACUUUUGGUGCCAGGCAUGUAUUGGGUAUUCAGUUAUACCUGUGUGCCUGUUCAAGGAAGGGAGGGAUGAAUGUGUGUAAAUCCAUAAGGAAUGUGACUUACAAAACUAAAGUUAACUGAUUGUUUAUAUUAGGUAAUUGAAAACUUACUCUAUUUAAUUCUUAGCAACCCUAUAAACAGUACAUAGUUAACAAUGUCUUGUUGCUUAGAAAUAUGCUCAAACUCAGAUACAUAUCAAAUGAGCCAUAAUAUAAAACUGGAUCAGUAUCACUUCCUACCCGAACCUCCACACUUAGUCUUAGGAGAAUAGGUAUUGCUGCUCAAUAGUAAAGGCAGGUUCCUGUUGCUGUAAUGAAUCACCACAAGUUUAAUGGCUUAAAAACCAUAUCUAUCUAAGCACUGUGGUACAUGUCUGCAAUCACAGUAACUCAGGAGGCUGAGGCAGGAGGAUUGCAAGUUUGAGACCCCCAAGCAAUUUGUUGAGACCCUAUCUCAAAAUAAAAAAUUAAAAGGGCUGGGUAUGUGGCUCAGUGGUUGAGUGCCCCUGGGUUCAAUUCUGGUACUAAAAAGAAAGAGAACUUGUGAUCCUCCUGCUUCAGCCUCCCAAGCCACUGGAUUACAGGUGUGCACCACAAAGCCCAGCUGUACUGUUUUCUCUCCAGGACCAUACUGUGCUCCUGCUUCUUCAGGCAUGAGAUAAUUACACUCCUAAUGAACUAACCUGGGUUCUAGAAAGGUAGAUUAUCUUCUUUUUAAAUUACUUUUUAUUCUUCAAUAGUUUCUUUUCUUUUCCUUCCUUCCUUCCUUCCUUUCUUUGUUCCUUUCUUUCCUUUCUUUCUUUCACAGUGCUGGGGAUUGAACCCCAGACUUCACACGUGCUACACUGAGUCACAGCCCCAGCUCUUUUUCCUUAAUAGUUCAGCUGGGCUCCUCAGAGCAUGAUGAAUUCUCAUUGUUGUUGAUACCAGGCCCCUUUUCAUUUUCUUUUUUGUGGUACUGGAGAUUGAACCCAGGGCCUCAUGUAUACUAGGAAAAGCACUCUACCACUGAAUUUCAUCACAGAUCUUUUUCAUUUUGAGAUGAGAGUCUCACUGAGUCAUCCAAGCCGACUUCAAAUUCAGGAUCCUAUUACUUUAGCCUCCUGGGUAGCUGGGAUUAUAAGUAUGCACCACUAUGUUCAGCAACCUUUCUUGUUUUCUUUUGAUCCCUGAUCCCUAUGCUUGUUCCUCUCCCUGGUAUAGGCAUACACAAAUGUGUCAGUGUAUGUUUGGAUAUGUAUGUAUCUUUAAAUAUAUGUAGUUAUGUGCUUACAUGUUUUAAAAAUAUAUGAAUGAUAUAUUAAAAAGAAUAAACUAGCUUCUAUAAUGAA